UCUCUAUAUAUAUAUAUAUAAGGCCUCAGUUUUUUCCUAACACCGGAAAAUCACAAAUCUAUACAUACAUAGUCCUGUAUCUAUACGUGUGUAUAUAUAUAUCUACCCACCUAUAUAUACACAUAAACACACAUCUGUGCUUUUAAAGAGAAGAGAGAAAGAAAGAAAGAAAGAAAGAAGGGAAUGAGAACAAGGGGAGGAAUUUCUUAUCCGACGGUGAAUAAUAUUUGUGAAAAGAGAAGAAGAGAUGCUAAUUUUGUCGGCCAGAAAAUGAUACACACUCGGAAAAGGUCGAAAUCGUUAUCAGGGACACCGGUGGCGACGGUUUCCGGCCGCCAGUGUGAUUUCCUUGAUACGCUUCCAGACGACAUCGUUUUGUUCAUUCUCGCCAAAGUUGGCUCCACCGCCACUUGUCCGGCCGAUUUUAUCAGCGUUUUGUCAACAUGCAAAAGAUUAAACGAAUUAGGAGUUCACUCUCUUGUGUUAUCAAAAGCAUCUCCGAAAGCGUUUGCCGUUAAAUCUAAAAACUGGUCGGAAUCUUCUCAUCGGUUUCUGAAACAGUGCUCUGAUGCCGGAAAUGUUGAAGCUUGUUACACGCUCGGCAUGAUUCGUUUCUACUGUUUGCAAAAUCGAGGAAGUGGAGCAUCUCUAAUGGCGAAGGCCGCGAUUAAUUCUCACGCUCCGGCGUUAUAUUCGCUGGCUGUGAUUCAGUUCAACGGAAGUGGAGGUUCAAAAAACGACAAAGACCUACGCGCCGGCGUAGCUCUAUGUGCCCGUGCAGCGUUUCUCGGCCACAUCGACGCACUCCGGGAACUCGGACAUUGUCUCCAAGACGGUUACGGUGUUCGUCAGAACAUUCCUGAAGGCCGGCGGUUUUUGGUUCAAGCCAACGCGCGUGAGCUCGCCACCGUUCUGUCAACAACUCCGUCGGCGUUGAUCUCCGGUAACUGGCUGACAUGGAACCCCUUACCUCACCUCCGCCAUGGAAACGUAGUCGGUCCCGGUUGUCCGUUACUCUCCGAUUUCGGAUGUAACGUACCGGCGCCGGAGCCUCAUCCGUCGAACGUUUUCCUAACGGAUUGGUUUUCCGAUAAGGUGCUUAGUCCUGGUCUCCGGCUAUGUUCUCAUGCCGGUUGUGGUCGGCCAGAGACGAGAAGACAUGAAUUCCGGCGAUGUUCAGUUUGCGGAGCUGUGAACUACUGUUCACGCGCGUGUCAAGCACUCGACUGGAAGAUGCGCCAUAAGAUGGAGUGUACACAAGCUGAGAGGUGGGUCGAUGAAGGCGACGGUGAAGAUAACGGCAAUGGUAACGAAGAUGACGGAAUGGUUGUCGAUAGUUGAAUCGUUGGUCGGAGACACCGAACUUAACGGAAGGGUAACGGUGUCUAUAAACGG